AUGGAAGCAGAGUACCCCCAAAUAAACCCUCUCCUCCUCUGCUCCAGGCGCCGGAAAAGGGUGGAGGACGAGGGAGGGCUCGAGCUGCUGCUGUCCAUGGAUCUCGACGAGGAGGAGACGCGCCCGGAGCAGCAGGCGCCGCCCCGGGUUCCGGACAAGCUGAAAGCAGUGUCACAAGAGCUUGGACAUGAGAUCCGGAUAUUUACAAGCACAACAUUUGAGCUAAUGACUAGCAAAUUGGCCAAGGCAGAUCAGGAGGAAGACGAUGACUUUUAUGAGCUUCAGCCUAGUGAUUAUUACAAGUUGAUUUCAAAUAGGCUUGCAGAACAAUCGAAAGUUCUGAAGACUCGUAAAAUAAGGGAAGCAGAACUUGCUGCUCAACGAGCAAGGCUAACAAAGGCAGUGGCGAGGGUUCGAUUCCCUGAUGGUUACAUUCUUGAGGCUGAGUUCCAUCCAUCAGAGACGGUACAUAGUCUGGUGGAUCUUCUCAUGAAAGUAAUUGCUAGACCAGACCUGCCAUUCUAUCUUUACACAGUUCCUCCAAAGAAGCGAAUAAUGGACGCCUCGCAGGACUUCUACACAAUUGGCUUUGUUCCUGGAGCUAAUGUCUUCUUUUCUUAUGAUCUGCCUGAAGAUAUCAACAUGUUUUUAGAGGUAUUCAUGUGUGUUUGGCAUGCAGGGCCGGAGUUAAAUACAGAUGCUGUAAAAUCCGGACCAUAUCUCCGUGAAGAAAUUCGAACUUUGGAUGGACUGUCACUUGAGUCGGAACCUUCUGACCAACCUGAUGAUUCAAAGACAAAUUCUGAUUCAGCUCAUCAGUCUUAUGCAUUCCAAUCUGAUUCUGCACCACCACCAGCAGCAAAUAAGAAAUCAGCCAAACCAAAGUGGUUCAAAAGAUAG